CAAAGAAGUGUCACAGCAGCAUUUGGAAGGAUCAUGUCCUCCAGAACUCCCCGAUGCAAACAUGUCAGCUGGUGCGUGGACUCUCCACUUCCUGUAACUGCCACACCAGAUCCUCGCCCAAACAACGGGAUUCUGACCCGAGUUCACGUGUCACCACCACAAGCCUGUGGAAGAGCACCUGAUGAGGAGGAUUUGGAAAAACAGUCCACGGACCAAUCUAGUUUCGAGCCACAAAAUGCUGGUCUUCGCCGGAGCAGCCCGGUCAUCUCCAGACGCUGCAGACACAUCUCCUGCGGGGGUGCCGCCCUGUCCGAGGACCCUUCCGGCCCCAUGGGAGGCACCCGCUCCAACCACACGGGCCUCACAAAAAGGGGCUGUCCCUGUCUGAGAUUGGGCACCAGGUUGCACCUUGCUGUUGGCGGCAAGUUCCGAUUGGCUGAGAAGAAGCACACGGGGCGGGGCAUGGGUCACUGCAGUGCCCAAUGGGAGAUGGAAAAGGAAAAUGCUCACCUGCUGAUGGUGGACUUGGUGCUAGAGAUGCUGGAAGUCCUCCAGUGGACUCUGACCAAAACAAAAAGGGCGUCGCCAAGGCCCGGACGUCCAAGUAGCAAACGACGACACCACCACCAAGAUGAGGAGGAGACUGUGGACGACCACCGGGCCCAGCACAAAUGCACACAAAUCUACUCAGAGGUCACACAGUUGGGAGGCAGUGAUGGUGAGGCUCACUCCUUGUGUUUCUCUCCACUCUGGAAAGCUGAGUGCCUUGCCCGACAGCUGAUCCUGGACUUCGGGAGGAGGUGCUUUCCCUCCCAAUAGCUUCCACUGUGACGCAGGAGGGGUUUGAUGUCAUGGCUCAUUGCAAAAAUGGGAAGCAUACAAUUGUCCAAGACUAAGUGGUCCCAAAUUGAGGCCAUCAGUGAAUUUUCACAACUUCUUAUUUACCGCUUUCAGAAUCAGAAUCAAAAUCAGAAUCACCUUUAUUUGCCAAGUAUGUCAAAAACACACAAGGAAUUUGUCUCCGGUAGUUGGAGCCGCUCUAGUACGACAACAGAAUCGUAGAACACUUUUGAGACAUAAAAACACAGUCACUGAGCAAAAAAGGUUACCAGUAAUGUGGUAAUGCCGGGACAAUUGUAUUCAUUUGUUUUAUUUUUAAACAUGUGCAAAUUGAUGCCGAGUCCUCUGGCAAUUAGAGCAGUUUGAAAUGACUAAUAGACCAAUAGUCUGGUGCACUGACCAUUGCGCAAAUGGUGCACAGACUUCAAGAAAUGUAUGCAGUUUAAAGUUAGUAGUAGUGCGAUAAUCUGGGACAAUGUCAAUUGUGCAAAUGGUAUAUAUAUAUAUAUAUAUAUAUAUAUAUAUAUAUAUAUAUAUGUCAUUGUUGGGGAAAAAAGCCCUGACUUAGCACUGGUUUCCCUGCAGUUCUCAACUCUUCCACCAGGUGUCAGCAAAGACCUACGUUUAAGUCCACAGACGAUGGUGUUGAAAGAUGUUUGUUCAAGUCUUGCAGCUCCAAUAGUACCAGGUGCGCCAUUGUAAGCUAUUUAUUACAAAUGAAUAUGACUUGGUUGUAAAUUUUGCAGCAUGAA